AUGGGAGGGUUGGAGGUGAGCUCUCUCACGGCCUCGUCUCCCCCGCCGGCACCCAAGGUGCCUUGUGGUCCGCUGUCAUCCGCCGAUGCUGACCCGGCGGCCACGGCUGCGAAGCAGGGCCCGUCCUCCCUCCGUCCGGGACCGAACGCUGGGCGAGACCGACAGCAACCUGCUCCGUCCCCGGGCACGCUCCCUCCUUCGCGGCCCCGCGUCGCCACCCCAACCCCCACCGCCGUUAUCCCGAGGCCGCGGCCGCCCCAGGCGAACCCCCCUCCCCCGACCUCUCAUUGGCUGGGGAGGUCCCGCGCGAGCGGGCCGGCGCCCCGAGUGCCCGCCCUCGGGAGCCAGGCCGUGCCUCUCGGAGCUGGCUUUCUCCGGGAGCCCGGAGCGCGCGGCGGCGUGCGCGCCCCCCCAGCCCGUCGGCGGCUUCGCCGGCCGCGGCCGCCUGUGCGCACGCGCGCUGAGCCCGCCCCGUGCCCGCCCGGGCCGUCCGCCGCCGUCCUCGCGCUGCGGAGCUGGCGGCGCCGGGGUAGCGGCGUCUUCGCGGGCGCGCACGCGCACUGGCGCCCCGCACGUCCGCGCGGGCCCGGCCCCCCGGGCUACCGUCGUCGCGGCGCGCCCGUUCCCGCCGGGCCGCCACCCGCCGCCCCGACCCCCGCCCCGGCGCCUCCGGCCCCCGCAGAAACGCACGCGCACUGGCGAGAGGGUCCCCGGCGCGCGCACGGCCGCGGCGGCCGCACUGAGGAGGCGCUGCCGCCGCCAUUGCGCGGGAGGGAGCGAGCGAGCGAGCGAGGCUGGUCCGCCCUCCCCCUAGUUCCCGCCCCGCCCCGCCCCCCGCCCCGAGGGAGAGCCGCGGCGCGGCGGGAGGAGGAGGCGGAGGAGGCGGAGGAGGGAGCCCGCGAGGGAGGGUCCGCCCGGCCCCCCGCCGCCGCCGCCGCCGCUGCCGCCUCAGCCACCGCAGGAGCGAGUCGCCGGGGAACAUGGCGCCGGGCCCGCCGCCGCCGCGGCCGCGAUCGCGGAGGCCGGGGCCGCGCUGAGGGCGCCCCCGAGGCUGGUGAGUGCCGCGGAGCUGGCGGAGGAGAAUGUGGGGACGGGCGAGGCGCCGGGCGCCGCCCCGCUGCGGGAUCCAAGGGUGGGGGGAAAGGCGGGGACCGCGGGGCCCGGAGCCCGCGAACAAUGGAGGAGCCGGAGGGGGAGGGGAGGCGGCGCCCCCCCAGCGCCCCGCGGUCCCCGGGUCCCAGCCGCUGCAUGCCCGGGCCCGGCCCGCGCGGCCCGCCGUGCUCUUCCCAUUCGCCACUGUCCCCGCAGCCCCGCAAUCCCGGCGUCUGCCUCCACACACACCCCAUCACGACCCAGCGCGCGCGGGGGGGGGUGUCUCGGUGUCUCUCAGCUUCCACUCGAGAUACCCGACUCCCAAUUCCGAGCCGCCUCCUUUUCCACUUCCUCCCCCUCCCCCAGUCGUACCCUCCGCCGCCUUCUGGAGUGGGCUCUGCUCCCGGGACGGCCGCCGCAUCCCUUCUGGCGCCCACUUCGGACAUCCGUGGCCCUUUCUUACCUUACCUGUUUUCUGAGAGCAUCACUUUGGCCGGGGAGGUCUCCACCUCCUUCUCUGGCCUAUCUGCUGUUGUUAUUCCUGCCUUCGAGCAGCCUGCGUCCCUAGGAGCUGUCCCUUUAGGACCUGCCGUUCCACCUCCGUGGACCUCCAUACUAGACCUCUGUUGA